AUGGUACCCAAGUUUAAACAACGUUCUUACUUCGAAAUUAAAGCUCAGUUGGAUGCUUAUCGUCUAGCGAAUCCAGUAACUCCGGAGUUAAAACCUCCAACCGUAAAUGUGCUUCAAGAACCUGUCAACAGUUCUGUGAAAUUAGCUAGAAUUACUGCCAUUUGGAAUUUAUGGUAUGUACAAUUCAUUAUUACUCUGUUAUUAUGGUUAAUAGCCAUAAAAAUUGAAUUUGGUGCUGUAUUUUUUAUUAUCGGAGCGUUAUAUUGGAUUUGGGUAUGGGGAACAAUAAGAAAUCCAAAACCUCACAUUUCUAAUAAUCCUGAUGAACAAAUUGUAUCGGCUAGCUUCUUUUUCGAUAAUUCCCCUAUUCCAUCAAACAUUAAGUCUUGAAAUUAUUUGUAAUAAUUAUAAGUGACAAGUCUUUCGGAAUUGUUUCACAUCCUUUCCUCUUCUAACGUGUUGAGUAAUUUUAUGGUCCCUAUAUUUUGAUUUUAUUCAAGAUGUAUUGUAG